AUGGACUGGGCAGCCAGAGAGAUUGUGGACAUUUCCGAGGAAACGAAUCUUCUGUCAAGACGCUUCCAAGAGUCUCGCUCACAGUGUGGACUUCGGCUAGAACUCCUCAAAUUCGUAAACUACAAGUCCCAGGAAGCCUCAGCGCUGGCACGCCUGCGCAAGAGCCCGGAGACUGAGGUGGGGGUGGGGCUGCCCCGGGCGGCGGGGGGCGGGGUCGGAGCGGGCUGUGUGGAGGCUUUAGACUCCCGGCGCCAUUUAGCGCGGAGAGUUUCCCGGGCGGACUCGGCUCUUCUCUCUCGGCCACUUCGCACCCCCGUCUUCGGUGACAGAAGGCGCCUGGUGGGGCGGUUGGCCGCCCAGCCCAGCCUGGGGGCCAGCAAGGAGGAGGCUCCCGCUGGGCGCAGUGGUAGCGGCGGCGCCCGGGAGCCCCCGGAGGAGCGGAACCAGCAGCAGGAUGACAUCGAAGAGCUGGAGACCAAGGCCGUGGGCAUGUCCAACGACGGCCGCUUUCUGAAGUUCGACAUCGAGAUCGGCCGGGGCUCCUUCAAGACCGUCUACAAAGGGCUGGACACCGAGACCACGGUGGAGGUCGCCUGGUGUGAACUGCAGGAUCGAAAGUUAACAAAGUCUGAGAGGCAGAGAUUUAGAGAAGAGGCUGAAAUGUUAAAAGGCCUCCAGCAUCCCAAUAUUGUUCGAUUCUAUGAUUCAUGGGAAUCUACAGUAAAAGGAAAGAAGUGCAUUGUUUUGGUGACUGAACUUAUGACAUCUGGAACACUUAAAACGUACCUGAAAAGGUUUAAAGUGAUGAAAAUCAAAGUCCUAAGAAGCUGGUGCCGUCAGAUCCUUAAAGGACUUCAGUUUCUUCAUACUAGAACCCCACCUAUUAUUCACCGCGAUCUGAAGUGUGACAACAUCUUUAUCACUGGCCCUACAGGCUCAGUCAAAAUUGGAGACCUAGGUCUGGCAACUCUGAAGCGGGCUUCUUUUGCCAAGAGUGUGAUAGGUACCCCAGAGUUCAUGGCCCCCGAGAUGUAUGAGGAGAAAUAUGAUGAAUCUGUUGACGUUUAUGCUUUUGGGAUGUGUAUGCUUGAGAUGGCCACAUCUGAAUACCCUUACUCAGAGUGCCAAAAUGCUGCGCAGAUCUACCGUCGAGUGACCAGUGGGGUGAAGCCUGCCAGUUUUGACAAAGUAGCAAUUCCCGAAGUGAAAGAAAUUAUUGAAGGAUGCAUACGACAAAACAAAGAUGAAAGAUAUGCAAUCAAAGACCUUUUGAACCAUGCCUUCUUCCAGGAGGAAACAGGGGUACGGGUAGAAUUAGCAGAAGAAGAUGAUGGAGAAAAGAUAGCCAUAAAACUAUGGCUACGCAUUGAAGAUAUUAAGAAAUUAAAGGGAAAAUAUAAAGAUAAUGAAGCUAUUGAGUUUUCCUUUGACUUGGAAAGAGAUGUGCCAGAAGAUGUUGCUCAAGAAAUGGUAGAAUCUGGUUAUGUAUGUGAAGGUGAUCACAAGACUAUGGCUAAAGCCAUCAAAGACCGAGUUUCUUUAAUUAAGAGAAAACGAGAGCAGCGGCAGUUGGUGAGGGAGGAACAAGAAAAAAGAAAGCAAGAAGAGAGCAGUCUUGAACAACAAUCAAGUGCUUCCCAAGCAGGAAUCAAGCAACUGCCUACUACUAGUACAGGCAUAGCUGCUGUCUCCACCACUUCAGCUUCAGUUUCUACCCAAGUGGAACCUGAAGAACCUGAGGCAGAUCAACACCAACAACUGCAGUAUCAGCAACCUGGUAUAUCUGUGUUAUCUGACGGGACAGUUGACAGCGGCCAGGGAUCUUCUGUCUUCACAGAAUCCCGAGUGAGCAGUCAACAGACAGUUUCAUAUGGUUCCCAACAUGAACAGGCACAUUCUACAGGCACAGUCCCAGGGCAUACAGCUUCUGUUGUCCAAGCACAGUCUCAGCCUCAUGGGGUAUAUCCACCUUCAAAUGUGGCACAGGGGCAGAGCCAGGGCCAGCCACCCUCAAGUAGCUUACCAGCGAUGCCACCUUCUCAACCUAUACAGCAUCCUCAGCAGACACAGGGAAUGCAGCAAGCAGCCCCUCCUCAGCAGAUGAUAGUGCAGUAUUCACUUCCACAGCCACCGGCCUCCAGUGAGGUCACUGAAUGUGUACAGCCAGUGCAGCAGCCGCAAGCUCCACAGGUCUUGCCUCAAGCAUCAACUGUAAAACAGCUUCCAGUUUCCCAGCCAGUACCAGCUGUUCAAGGCGAACCUAAGAUCCCAGUUGCAACACAACCCUCAGUUGUUCCAGCCCACUCUGGUGCUCAUUUCCUCCCUAUGGGACAGCCACUCCCUGCUUCCUUACUUCCUCAAUACCCUGUCUCUCAAAUUCCCAUACCAACUCCUCAUGUAUCUGCAGCUCAGACGGGUUUCUCAUCCCUUCCCAUCACAAUGGCAGCUGGCAUUAAUCAGCCUCUGCUUACCUUGGCUUCAUCUGCUAUAGCAGCUGCAAUCCCAGGGGGAUCAACUGUCGUUCCUAGUCAACUUCCAACCCUUCUGCAGCCUGUGACUCAGCUGCCAAGUCAGGUUCACCCACAGCUCCUGCAACCAGCAGUUCAGUCCAUGGGAAUACCAGCUAACCUUGGACAAGCUGCUGAGGUUCCACUUCCCUCUGGAGAUGUUCUGUACCAGGGCUUCCCAUCUCGACUGCCAACACAAUACCCAGGAGAUUCAAAUAUUGCUCCCUCUUCCAACGUGGCUUCUGUUUGCAUCCCUUCUACAGUCCUAUCCCCUCCCCUGCCCACAGAAGCACUGGCUGCACCAGGUUACUUUCCUACAGUGGUGCAGCCUUAUGUGGAAUCAAAUCUUUUGGUUCCUGUGGGCGGUCUAGGAGGACAGGUUCAAAUGCCCCAGCCAGCAGUGAGUUUAGCACAACAAGCCCCCCCUACAUCCUCCCAGCAAGCAGCUCUGGAGCAGAAUGAAAUGCCUAUGUGGGGGCCUUGUUGCCACUGGCUGUUCUGUUGGGAAAGUACCCAGGGAGUUUCUCAGGUUACUCCCCCAGAGCCAGUUCCAACAGCACAGCCACAACCUACCCAGCUUACCACAUUGGUCUCCUCUGUAGACAGUGCACAUUCAGAUGUUGCUUCGGGUUUGAGUGAUGGCAAUGAGAACAUCCCAUCUUCCAGUGGUAGGCACGAAGGGAGAACUGCAAAACGGCAUUAUCGAAAGUCUGUAAGAAGUCGUUCUCGUCAUGAAAAGUCUUCACGUCCAAAAUUAAGGAUAUUGAAUGUUUCAAAUAAAGGAGACCGAGUAGUAGAAUGUCAAUUAGAAACUCACAAUCGAAAAAUGGUCACCUUCAAAUUUGACCUAGAUGGUGACAACCCUGAAGAGAUAGCAGCAAUUAUGGUGAAUAAUGACUUUAUUCUAGCCAUAGAAAGAGAGUCAUUUGUGGAUCAAGUGCGGGAAAUUAUUGAAAAAGCUGAUGAAAUGCUCAGUGAGGAUGUCAAUGUGGAGCCAGAAGGUGACCAGGGAUUGGAGAGUCUUCAAGGAAAGGAUGACUAUGGUUUCUCAAAUUCUCAAAAAUUGGAAGGAGAGUUUAAACAACCAACUCCUGCAUCUUCCAUGCCACAGCAAAUAGGUGUUCCAACCAGUUCUUUAACUCAAGUUGUUCAUUCUGCGGGAAGAAGGUUUAUAGUAAGUCCUGUGCCAGAAAGCCGAUUACGAGAAUCACAAGUUUUCACCAGUGAAACCUCAGAUACGGUUGCCGCCUCUACAUCUCAGGGCCCUGGAAUGAAUUUGUCACACUCUGCUUCAUCCCUCAGCCUACAGCAGGCCUUUUCUGAACUUAAACAUGCCCAAAUGACAGAAGGACCCAAUACAGCACCUCCAGAUUUCAGUCAGAAAGGACCAACAUUUCCAGUAGUACCUCCUCCCAUGAGUAACAUUACUGGAGUCCCAACCACAGGAGUAGCCACAUCAUCAGUGUCAGUCCCUACCACUGACAUACCCACAUCAGUAAUUCAGUCUGAGGUUAUGGUACCCACUGAAAAAGGGAUUACUCAGAUUGUAGUAACUUCAAGUGGUCUCCCUCCACCAUCUGUGUCUGAGUCACCAAUACUUACCAGUGUGGUUUCAAGCAUCACAGCACCUACUGUUGUCUCAGUAUCUACAGCAUCGCAGGCCGUUCUGGCCCCCACAUGUGGGAGUACUGUUGCUAGUACAGGCACUCUCCCAUCUGUAACAGUUUGCACAGCUUCCACCCCUGCAAUCAGCAGCACUACUGCCCCAGAUGCUAAGCCUCCAACUGUAUUAUCUCAGCAGGCUGCAAGCAGUACUACUGGAGUAGCCACACCAACAUCAGUUUCCACCAUUACUUCGUUUCCAAGCAUAGCUUCACAGCCAUCCCUUCAACUUAGCAGCAGCAGCUCUGCUCCUACACUAGCUGAAACAGUGGUGGUCAGUGCACACUCAUUAGAUAAAACAUCUUAUAGCACUGCCACUGGGCUGGCUUUGCCCCUCUCUACACCAUCCUCUUCCUCUGGUCCAGGAGUAUCUAGCUCUGUUACCCAACCUGGUGGGAUACAUCCUUUGAUUGUCCCAUCAGCUGUAGCUUCUGCUCCUGCCCUUCCCCAAGCAACUGGACCUGGUGCCACACCUUUAUUACCCCAAGUACCCAGUGUCCCACCAUUGGUACAACCUGUUGUCAAUGUGCCUGCUGUACAGCAGACACUAAUUCAUAGCCAACCUCAACCAGCUUUGCUUCCCAAUCAGCCCCAUAGUCACUGUCCUGAAAUAGAUGCUGAUGCACAACCCAAAGCUGGAAUUGAUGACAUAAAGACUCUGGAGGAAAAGCUGCGGUCUCUCUUUAGUGAGCACAGUUCAUCUGGAACUCAACAUGCCUCUGUGUCACUGGAGACAUCACUAGUAGUAGAGACCACUGUCAUGCCAGGUGCCCCAACCACUGCUGUUGCACCAAGCAAGCUCAUGACUUCCACUACAAGUAGUUGCUUGCCACCAACUAGUUUGCCAUUAGGAGCAGCUGGAUUGCCAGUGGUCACACCUGGGCAAGUUUCUACCCCAAGCAGUUAUAUUUCAGCCCCAGUCAGCACUACAGCAGGAGUGAAACCUGGAACUACUCCCUCAAAACCACCUUUAACCAAGGCUCCGGUGCUGCCAGCAGGUACUGAACUCCCAGCUGGCACUCCACCUAGCGAGCAGCUGCCACCUCUUCCGGGACCUUCACUAACACAGACCCAGCAGCCUCUGGAAGAUCUUGAUACUCAAUUGAGAAGAACACUUAGUCCAGAGACUAUGGCUGUAACAUCUGCAGCUGGUCCUGUGUCUCUGGUGGCUCCAACAGCAGCUUCAGAAACAGGAGCACAUCCUCAGGAUGUGUCUCAAGUCACAGAAGGCCCUGUUCUAACAACUAGUUCAGGAGCUGGAGGAAUUAUUAAGAUGGGGCGGUUUCAGGUUUCAGUUACAACGGAUGAUGCACCCAAAGAGGGUAAAAAGUCAGAAGAUGCAAAAUCUGUUCAUUUUGAAUCCAGCACUUCAGAGUCCUCAGCGCUAUCAAGUAGCAGUCCAGAAAGCACCCUGGUGAAGCCCGAGCCUACCGGAAUACCCAUCCAUGGCAUCGCUUCAGAUGUGCCAGACAGUGCCCACAAACCCCCUGCCACAGGGGCAAAGUCAGAAACUGGACAGCCUACCAAUAUUGGACGCUUUCAGGUAACAACUACAACAAGCAAAGUGGGUCGUUUCUCUGUAUCAAGAACUCAAGACAAGAUCACUGUGGCAACGACACAGGGGCCCACAGCAUCUCCUCCUUAUACGGAUUUGGAACAAGCUGCUCUUCCUGCUGUGAUACCAAAGAAAGAGAAGCCUGAACUGAUGGAGCCUUCACAUCUGAAUGGACCAUCUUCUGACCUGGAAGCUGCCUUCCUAAGUAGGGAUGUGGAUGAUGGUUCAGGUAGUCCCCACUCCCCGCAACAGCUGUGCUCAAAGAGCCUUCCUAUCCAGAGCCUAAGUCAGAGCCUUAGUAAUUCAUUUAAUUCCUCCUAUAUGAGUAGUGACAAUGAAUCUGAUAUUGAGGAUGAAGAUUUAAAGUUAGAACUUCGUCGACUAAGAGAUAAGCAUCUUAAAGAGAUUCAAGACCUGCAGAGUCGCCAAAAACAUGAAAUUGAAUCUUUGUAUACCAAACUGGGCAAGGUUCCCCCUGCUGUCAUUAUUCCCCCCGCUGCCCCCCUUUCAGGGAGAAGAAGGCGACCUACUAAAAACAAAAGCAGCAAAUCUAGUCGUGGCAGUUCCUUGGGAAAUAAAAGCCCACAACUUUCAGGUAACCUGUCUGCUCAGAGUACAGCUUCAGGCUUGCAUGCCCAGCAGACCCUCCACCCUCCUGGCAACAUCCCAGAAACUGGGCAGAAUCAGCUGUUACAGCCCCUUAAGCCAUCUCCCUCCAGUGACAACCUCUAUUCUGCCUUCACCAGUGAUGGUGCCAUUUCUGUACCAAGUCUUUCUGCUCCAGGUCAAGGCUGUGCGAAGUUUAACUGUGCAUCUGAGCAGGUGACAUUCAAACCUGGUGGCAGGAGGACCCGAUUUCUGAGUACGCCCUGCUUGGCUCUUUGGAAGAUGGUGAAAAAAGUCUGUCCUUGCAACCAGCUCUGUAGGACCAGCAGUACAAACACUGUCGGGGGAGCAGUGAAGAGCCAAGCUCCGCAAGCUCAGCCUCCUGCCAUCACGUCGAGUAGAAAGGGCACGUUCACAGAUGAUCUGCACAAGUUGGUAGAUAAUUGGGCCCGUGAUGCCAUGAAUCUUUCAGGCAGGAGAGGAAGCAAAGGGCAUAUGAAUUAUGAGGGCCCUGGAAUGGCAAGAAAGUUUUCUGCACCUGGUCAGUUGUGCAUCUCCAUGACCUCAAACCUGGGUGGCUCUGCCCCCAUCUCAGCAGCAUCAGCUACCUCUCUAGGUCACUUCACCAAAUCUAUGUGCCCCCCACAGCAGUAUGGUUUUCCAGCUGCCCCCUUUGGUACCCAAUGGAGUGGGACCGGUGGCCCAGCACCACAGCCACUUGGCCAGUUCCAGCCUGUAGGAACUGCCUCACAAAAUUUCAACAUCAGCAAUUUACAAAAAUCCAUCAGCAACCCCCCAGGUUCCAACCUGCGGACCACUUAGACCUAGAGACAUUAAAUGCGUACAUUCGAGGGCAGGAGAUGGAAUGGGGGUGGG